GCUCCGAACCGUUUGGCUCUUUCCCUUAGUAACAGCUUUUACCUUCUGCCUCAAUUCCUCUCCCCGCUCGCGCCCUUCCCCCGCGCGCCGCCUCCCCCCGCCGCCGGCCGCGUGCGCCCCCGCCCCUCCCCCCGCGGCGGGAGCACCUCCGCUCGCCACCUGGGGACCCGCGCCGCGCUCCCCGCCCCCGCCCGCCCGCGCCCAUCCCCCCCGCGCCCUCCGCUCGCCGGGGUUAUAAUUGCCUCUCACCCCCGGAGGGGUUAUUUUGGGGGUGGUUGGAGGCGGUGGCGGCGGCGGCGAGGAGGGGAAUUUCCUUGUGCCUCCAUUCCCGGGAGGGGGGAGCGGCGUUGGAGGCCACCGUUUCCAGCAUCAGCAACGGCUACUUGUGUUUGGUGGUACCAGAUAUUGAGUUGCGCAUCCCCACAUCAAUGCACUGCCAAUGGAUUUUCUCAUUCAGCAUUUACCUUUGGUAUAGAAAGCCAUAUAAGUCAGUCUAAUAUAAAUGGUGCACUCGUCCCACCUGCUGCACUGAUUUCUAUCAUCCAGAAAGGUCUGCAGUAUGUAGAGGCAGAAGUUAGUAUUAAUGAGGAUGGUACCUUGUUUGAUGGUCGACCCAUAGAGUCUCUGUCCCUGAUCGAUGCCGUAAUGCCUGAUGUUGUACAAACAAGACAACAAGCUUAUAGAGAUAAGCUUGCACAGCAACAGGCAGCAGCUGCUGCAGCUGCUGCAGCUGCCACCAACCAACAAGGAUCGGCAAAAAAUGGAGAAAACACAGCAAAUGGGGAGGAGAAUGGAGCACAUACUAUAGCAAAUAAUCAUACUGAUAUGAUGGAAGUGGAUGGGGAUGUCGAAAUUCCUCCUAAUAAAGCAGUCGUGUUACGGGGCCACGAAUCGGAAGUUUUCAUCUGUGCCUGGAACCCUGUUAGUGAUCUCCUAGCCUCAGGGUCUGGUGACUCAACAGCAAGAAUAUGGAAUCUUAGUGAAAAUAGCACUAGCGGCUCCACACAGUUAGUACUUAGACAUUGUAUACGAGAAGGAGGGCAAGAUGUUCCAAGCAACAAGGAUGUGACAUCUCUAGAUUGGAAUAGUGAAGGUACACUUCUAGCAACUGGUUCAUAUGAUGGAUUUGCCAGAAUAUGGACUAAAGAUGGUAAUCUUGCUAGUACCUUAGGGCAGCAUAAAGGCCCUAUAUUUGCAUUAAAAUGGAAUAAGAAAGGAAAUUUCAUCCUAAGUGCUGGAGUAGAUAAGACUACAAUUAUUUGGGAUGCACAUACUGGUGAAGCCAAGCAACAAUUUCCUUUUCAUUCAGCACCAGCAUUGGAUGUUGACUGGCAAAGCAACAAUACCUUUGCUUCUUGUAGUACAGAUAUGUGCAUCCAUGUCUGCAAAUUAGGACAAGACAGACCUAUUAAAACAUUCCAGGGACAUACGAAUGAAGUAAAUGCUAUCAAAUGGGACCCAACUGGCAAUCUCCUGGCCUCCUGUUCUGAUGACAUGACUUUGAAGAUAUGGAGUAUGAAACAAGACAAUUGUGUCCAUGAUUUGCAAGCACAUAAUAAAGAAAUUUAUACAAUUAAAUGGAGUCCAACAGGACCAGGGACAAAUAAUCCAAAUGCCAAUCUUAUGUUAGCAAGUGCAUCCUUCGAUUCUACUGUUAGGUUAUGGGAUGUAGACCGAGGAAUUUGCAUCCAUACUUUGACAAAACACCAAGAGCCUGUGUACAGUGUAGCUUUCAGUCCUGAUGGCAGGUAUCUGGCAAGUGGUUCUUUUGACAAAUGUGUGCACAUCUGGAACACACAGACAGGUGCUCUAGUUCACAGCUAUAGGGGAACAGGUGGAAUUUUUGAAGUUUGCUGGAAUGCAGCAGGAGACAAAGUUGGAGCCAGUGCAUCAGAUGGUUCAGUUUGUGUAUUAGACCUUCGGAAAUAGCGCUACUAGUUGGAAGCCAUGGACCGACUAUGAAUGUGUACAUAGCCAAAAUGACUGUCCCUGACCCACGUACUGCUAUAGUCCCACUUGAACCAUGGCCAGUCCACUACAGCCAAAUCUAAAAGAAAUAUAUACAUACAGUGUAUAUAAACAAAAUUGCACCCUGAAGAUGACAGAGUUUUGUCACAGCUUGUGAAUUCUGUUCACCAAGUGCUGGAAUCUAAUCUGCUGUGCCCCUAAAAUAGCAUUUAGAAGUUUGGAUAUGAAAAACAGAAGAGAGAAAGAGAUAUACGUUAUAAAAGCAGACCAUACAUACAUGUACCAGUUUUUGGAUACUAAUAACAGCCUUGUCUCCCCCUUUGAAUCAGCAGACACCAUGGAUUAUAUUCUUUUUUCCUUUCAGUAGUGAGCAGUUUGUAUGUACAGAGAAAAUGGACUUAAAAAAAAAACUUGCAGCAGUAGUUUGUUCUUGCUUUUAAAUUUUGUUUUUGGUUUAGAUUAUGGAUGCAUGAAGUAAGGGAGUGAAUCAGUUUCUUGUUUAUAUUUUUUUCACCUUUUAGACAACAAAAAAAAAGUUCUUAAAAAUAUUUUAAUGCAUUCUUUUGAAGAGGUAAAUGUUUGGUACAUUUUAUGGCUCCCAGAGCAUAUAUUCAAUUGGUGCAUAUUGUGGAAGGAAGGGGAAAUUUGAAAUUAAAUGAAAACAUAUGACUUGGGUCAUGGCAAUCUGUAAGACACAUCAGUAAAAGGGUAUUAUGCUCUGUUUUUGUUGUUGUUGUUGUUUGUUUUUUUCUGGGUUUUUUUGUUUUUUUGUGAUGUGGCUUAAAUACAAUAGUUUCUUUUUUGGGACAUAUUUCUGCCAAUUAAAGACUAGAAGGGCACAAAAUUUUUUUUUAAAUACGAUAGAGAAGAUACAUUUUUAAAAAAUCUUCUGAUGUUUUGUAGCCAUAACUGAAUUAUGGUUAAAAUGUGCACUAUUGUGAAAAGGAGCAAAGUAGUUUUGGGUUUUUUGUUGUUUGUUUCUUUGUUUGUUUUGCUUUGUUUUCUAAGAGAUUAAAAUGUUUCUGGAUAAGGAUUAGCUUCUCAAAGUGUCCAUCAUUCUGUAUAGAAGCUUAACUAUGUAAUGUAACCAAACUCCAGUAUUAAAAAUCUCUCAUGUUAUUUUUCUUUAUACAAAGCAAGAUAACGGCAUAUAACACUGCCAUUACAUGGCAAAAUGCUUGCUACCUUAGUUUAAAAAACAAUCUUUAAAACAAAAGACUUGCUUCAAGGUGUUCUUAAUAGCAGUGAUUCAAAAUU